AGCUCCCCCCUCGACUCAAGCCUCAGACCAGUCAUCAGCCAUCCCUCCGGACACUGCCACCGUCCCCUUCCCGGACCACACCACAUCCCUCCUCCCCCACCCUUCAUGCCUCCCGUGUACCGACCAGACAACGGACACUCAGGCAUGAUGCCUCCUGGACCCCCACCGCCUAACGGACACCCGCCUGGUUCAAUGAUACCACCCGGACAUCGGCCUCCACCUCCUGGUGCUUACGGUCCCUCUUCCCCACACAACCGGUACCUUCCUCCACCUCCUCACUAUGGACCGGUGCCUCCUCCAUUCGGACCCCCACAUACCUACGUGCACUAUGGACCACUUGAUCACUUCAUCCCACUCCGACACCUGCCCCCUGGGGUGGCCCCAUUCCCUCCUCAUGUCGGCCCCAAAGACUUCCCUGUGCAGCCACAGGUCCCACAUGGCCAUGACUCUUCAGUGGGCCCCCAGCCCGACGCUGGCCCCCAGGGCCAGGGGCAAGACUACAGCUCCCAGCAGGCAACAGCUGCCCCCCAGGACUCAGUCAGCUCUGCCAUGGCAGAGCCUUAGACACCUACCAACCGUUAACGACCUGGCUACAUUUAAUCAACCACGAUUCAUCUCUUUAUUUUUUCCUUUUUGUUUUUAAUAGGCUGAAAAUAAAUAUCAUAUGAUAUACUUGCAAACAACAGAAGUAUCUAAAAAGUUAGUGUUCCUAUUAAAGCAUCAGAAAAUCAAUGUCUUAUGUUUCGUGUCUGAAAUGUAAUAAUGACUUGAAGAGGAGUAGAACUGAGGCUUGUUACUCUGCAAGUCCUAUUGUGCAAUAACAUUUCUAUUGUAUGACUGAGGAUUUAAGUUUUUCAAAGGGUAUUAUGUUGAUUUUGUAUUAAUUUCACAAUGUUAUCAUGGUUUCCUGUGGAAAUUAUUCAAAAUAAAUGGACCCCAAGCUUUUGGGUUGCUUGAUCGAUCAUUUCAGAAGUACCAUAUUAUCUUAACUCUUCCCCAAACUCUCUUCAGAAUGAACUGAAAAGGAAAGUUGUGUAAGUUGAAAGUCAAAGAUGUAUUUGCUGUUCUUAGGAUAUUUUAUUAAUAAAACUGGUAAAAGGUACUGCAGUUGUCUAUUGUUCAUAUGAAGCAUAUGACAACUUUUGUGAUCCAUUUUAGUUUGAAAGGAAAUGUCUGACAGUGCAUUUUGUUUUGUAUGGGUAGCUGUAUUACAUGUGAAAAGCCAGUAAUCACCCAUUAACUGAACACCUGUCAUAUGACCUUCACAUUUGUUUCUUUUUUUGUUCUUAUGUUACAUCAGGGAUGCAUCACAUUUAUCUAUUUAUUUUCAAUAAAAAGAAAAUAACAAAAAAAUGUU